UCUAGGGAUCAGUCCUUAUGUGAUCAAUCAUGGAGCUGGUUAGGCAGCUUUCUCUGGUCAGCAGCGGCCGCAGUGAGCAAGACUGAUGUCAAGUAUGCAUGAGUUUCCCUGUGGGAUAAGCUGGAACCCGCAAGGACAAGCUGGAUCAAAUGGAGACAAUGCGGUACCUAUUGGUUCCUCACUGGGACUUGGCUCUAACCGAGGAACUGGAUUCUGUGAGCAGUGAACUACAUGCAGUAGAUAUUCAAAUUCAAGAACUUAUGGAAAGGCAGCAGGAGCUUCUUCGGAAAAAAUCAGCCCUAACAAAGAAAAUAAAGCAGUGUUUAGAGAAUUCAGAUGCUGGGGCCAGCAGAGAGUGUGAUUCUUCACCAGCGGCUUGGGAUAAAGAAGAUUUUCCAUGGUCUGAUACAGUUAAUCAUGUUUUGCAAAAUGUCUUCAAACUUCAGAAGUUCAGACCACUUCAGCUUGAAACUAUUAAUGUAACAAUGGCUGGAGAGGAGAUAUUUCUUGUUAUGCCUACAGGAGGUGGGAAGAGCUUAUGUUACCAGUUACCAGCAUUAUGUUCAGAUGGUUUUACACUUGUGAUCUGCCCACUGAUCUCUCUUAUGGAAGACCAAUUAAUGGUUUUAAAACAAUUAGGAAUUUCAGCUACCAUGUUAAGUGCUUCUAGUUCUAAGGAGCAUGUGAAAUGGGUUCAUGCUGAAAUGGUAAACAAAAACUCCAAGUUAAAGCUAAUUUAUGUGACGCCGGAAAAAAUUGCGAAAAGCAAAAUGUUUAUGUCAAGACUAGAGAAAGCCUAUGAAGCGAGGAGGUUCACCCGAAUCGCAGUGGAUGAAGUUCACUGCUGCAGUCAGUGGGGCCACGAUUUCCGACCCGAUUAUAAAGCACUUGGUAUCCUGAAGCGGCAGUUCCCUAACACAUCUCUGAUUGGGCUGACUGCAACUGCAACAAGCCAUGUUUUAAAGGAUGCUCAGAAAAUUCUCUGUGUUGAAAAGUGUUUUACUUUUACAGCUUCUUUUAAUCGUCCAAAUCUUUAUUAUGAGGUUCGGCAAAAGCCUUCAAACACGGAAGAUUUUAUUGAGGAUAUUGUAAAGCUCAUUAAUGGCAGAUACAAAGGGAAAUCAGGAAUCAUAUAUUGUUUUUCUCAGAAAGACUCUGAACAAGUUACUAUUAGUUUACAGAAGUUGGGAAUUCAUGCUGGGGCUUAUCAUGCCAAUAUGGAACCAGAAGAUAAAACCAAGGUUCACACAAGGUGGUCAGCCAAUGAACUUCAGGUAGUAGUGGCAACGGUUGCAUUUGGUAUGGGAAUCGAUAAGCCAGAUGUGAGGUUUGUUAUUCAUCAUUCAAUGAGUAAAUCCAUGGAAAAUUAUUACCAAGAGAGUGGACGUGCAGGUCGAGAUGACAGGAAAGCAGAUUGCAUUUUGUAUUAUGGCUUUGGAGAUAUAUUCAGAAUAAGUUCAAUGGUGGUCAUGGAAAAUGUGGGGCAACAGAAGCUUUAUGAGAUGGUGUCAUACUGUCAGAACAUCAGCAAAUGUCGCCGUGUAUUGAUAGCUCAACAUUUUGAUGAAGUGUGGAACUCAGAAGCAUGCAACAAAAUGUGUGAUAACUGCUGUAAAGAUGUGUCAUUUGAAAAAAAGAACGUAACAGUGUACUGCAGAGAUCUAAUCAAGAUCUUGAAGCAGGCAGAGGAACUGAAUGAAAAACUCACUCCACUGAAACUGAUUGACUCUUGGAUGGGAAAGGGCCCGUCGAAACUGAGAGUGGCUGGUGUCACUGCCCCCACCCUUCCUCGUGAAGAACUGGAGAAAAUAAUUGCCCACUUCCUUCUACAGCAGUAUCUUAAAGAAGACUACAGUUUUACAGCAUAUGCUACUAUUUCGUAUUUGAAAGUUGGACCCAAAGCUCACCUUCUGAACAGUGAAGCACAUGUUAUUAGCAUGCAAGUGAAGAAGCCCACACAGAACUGUUUCAGGGCUGAAUCAUCCAACACUUUUCAUUCUGAACAAGUUGAUAAAAUGGGGGGAGAAAAAAAUUCAGGUAACUUCCAGAAGUCUGUGAACAUCUUUCAACAAUCUGGUUCCAAGACUCCAAGGGGCAAGAAAAGGAAAAUUGAUGAUGCCUGAAAAAGCUGUUAUUAAAUUUUCUACAAAAGGAAUAGUUUAUGCAUGUGUACACCAUUAUUUUUGAAGUUAAAAUUUAAUUUUGAGAACAGUUUGAUGUUUUAUACUUGUAAAACUGUUUCUUCAGAGUUUAUCUGAAGAUUUGAGAUCUUUUGAUUAGAGAUCAAAAGGAAAAAUAAAUCUUCAUGUAAAAUACUUGCAACAAGUUCAUGUAAGUAUGAUAAGCUCUUUAGCCUUGGUAUACUGAUUGUAUUUUUUCCUUUGGCAGAACCAUCUUUUUUUUUUGGUUUUUCUCCGGUACUAGGAACCGAACUCACGACCUUUCGCUUGCCAGGCAGGCGCUUUGCCGCUGAGCUAAAUCCCCAGCCCCAGAACCAUCUUUUUGAUAGCAGUAUUAUACUGACAUAGGCUUCUCACUCCAGAUGGUAUUUUAAGCAUGAUAAUGUACAUGAUUUCAGGUAUAAAAAUAGCUGUAUAAUUCAAACAAAAAAGGAGUAAGACAUCAAUAUACAUAUUAGCAAAUAAAAUACUGCUGUAUCUCUGUAGUAAAAUAAAGUGAUAAGCUUACUAAAACUACAUUUCACAAUCAAA